AUGUCGACCCCGUCGCUGGAGUACCUCAACACCGUCUGGCAAUACCUGCCGCAGGGCCACGAGAAAGCGCUGAAACAAGCUUUCUACAACACCGCUGCAAAUAUUUUCGUCGUCAUAGCGGCCGCAGUCGCCGUCACAGUCUACUUCAUCCUCGCGCCUUUUAUCAGACCGCUGUAUUGGGCUUUACUUUGCGGUACAUUUCUGUACCCUUUCAAACGAAGCUUGACCAACCUUCUGCGGCAAUGGCUAAAGGGAUUGGACAAAUCGGGAACGCCUUUUGCAGUUGGUUUGGCUAUUCUGCCCCUGCAGAUAGGAAAUUCGCUGGCGGAAUCAAUUUCUACUAUAAUUUGGUCCAACAUCAAAAUAGUCCUUGGGCUUUUUCUGGGAAUUCCGAGCAUCUACUGGGUCUAUUACUUUACCCCUCUCCGCAAAGCAAUUCCGUUUUUGGGGAUGCUGCUUAGCUGGUUGUAUGAGUUUCUGGAGUAUUUCAGUACCAGCUGGGUUUGGACCUUCUUUGCCGCUUACCUCAUUGGUGUGGCUGUGCUAUGGAAGCCUUUACCCACUUCUCAGAAAUGGCUGCGCUACCUGUCGGCUCCAGUGUGGGUCUCCCUGCUGCUUCACUUUGCCAAUGCUGCCGGUCCUCUGAGAGUGCCUCUGUUCAUACUGAUGAUAUCUGUGAUGAUCAUCGGAGCGGUGGUUCAGAUGAAGCCUGAGGAUAGUCCAGAUGGGUCCAAGUCAGAUGUUGCAGAAACAGGAGAGGCCUCCAGUAAAGCUGCAAGUGAAGCUUCACUGUCUGGUAAAUCUGUCUCUUCAAAGACCGGCGUACCCGAGGAUGAAGAUGAGUCAGCAGAGAAAACACGUCCAGUGUCCAGCACGGUGCUAGAUAAAGGUCCCGUGGUCAGGGCACCACACUCGGGAGCUCCUCAGUCCAUACUCAAAUUUGCAGAUGCUCCAGUAGUCACCAAGCCCUCAAACCUGUCGCUGACUUUCUCGCAGUUUUCACAGGGCAGUAAACGCCACAAAGAUUCGCUUAUUUCUAUCAAUCAGAAGAGCACUACCAAGACCUCAAGGGUGGACCAGUGCUUCAUGACCCUGUUCUGGGGUCACGUGAUUGUUCGCCUGUGGAUGCAUGUCUGGCUGAUACUUCUGCUGCUGAUGUUGCCCGUUCUUCAUUUUGCUAUCAAGAAAGUUUUUAAGCAGUUCGACGAGGGUGGACUGUUUCACUCCACUGCCACAAAUGCAAAGAAUGCCAUGCUUCAGUGGCUCCGUGCUCGUGAGGAUGUACUGAUGCCUCAUUGUUUGAGAGGGCUUGGGAGUCUGUUGCUGAAAGGAGACCAGAAGAUCAUCAUGAUCCUGGAGCAAGGCUUGGACCAGGCCACCAGCAUAUUGUUUAUCCUGAUGAUGCUUGUGGGCACUGUCCUCUUUUCUGUCAUUGGAGCAGUUCAGAUUCAAAGAGAAACAAUGUUUAUGGUGACUUCUGCUCAGAACCUGUUGAAUAAGACCAUGAACUCUGAAUUUUCACAAUUUUUGCCGUACGCUGACAUGAUGAGGAAAACUAUGGACCAGGUUCUAGAGAAGACACAUGAACAUGGGAGGAACUUCAUUGCUUCCAAGGUGAAAGAUUUCUUGCCAGUUGACCAGUCAUCAAAACAGACGGAGAUCAUAAUUAACCAGACGCUGGAGAUGUGGGACAAGUUGUAUGAGACCAUGCUUCUGAGGGAACAGGCGACAAACACAAGUGCCGUAGCGAAGCCUGGACUGCAGGAGUUGACCUCCAUAGGUUCCCUCUGGCAGACGAUCAGCAGCGGCAAGGGUAUAUUCCAGAUUACGUGGAUUGUGGAUUUUGUCAAAGAGAAUCUUGACAUGUUUAUGUCGGUUUGGGAGUCCAUAUGGAUGGUUCUCAAGAGCAACAUGAAUUUGUUCUUUACCGUCAUCACCACGAUCCUCUCCGCCUUACUUGGAGGGGGGACGGCCAUCUUGAAUUUUGUUAUUUCGGCUAUCAUUUUCCUGACUACCCUGUUCUACCUGCUGGCUUCCAGUGGGGACAUGUACAAACCUGCGGAGCUGUUCUCUAACAUGAGCCCCGGAUCUACAGGAAGCAGAUUCGGCACUGCUGUGGAGUUUGCCAUCAGUAAUGUCUUCAAGGCGUCCUUGAAGAUGGCUUCAUUUUAUGGCCUCUACACCUGGCUUAUCCAUUUGAUUUUCGGCCUUGAUAUUGUGUUUCUACCUUCAGCCCUGGCCGCAUGUUUUGCUGCUGUCCCCUUUCUCGGUCCAUACUGGGCGGCGCUGCCAGCGGUCUUUGAACUCUGGCUUGUCCAGGACGAUGGUCUGAGUGCCCUGUUGCUCUUCCUCGCCCACAUGGCCCCAGCAUAUAUUGUGGACACAGCAAUCUAUAGGGAGAUUGAAGGGAGCCACCCUUAUGUGACUGGUCUAGCCAUCGCAGGGGGCAUGCUGUUCAUGGGACUGGAAGGUGCCCUUAUUGGCCCCAUUAUCCUGUGCUGUCUGCAUGUGGUUCUCAACAUGUACAGCUCCAUGCUGCAGAAUGAGCCCGCCACGCCCACGCCAGGUCCGUAA